AUGUGGUUUCUCGCAGUGAAUCGUGUUUAUUUAAAUUUAAGCUGACUUGAUUCACUGACCCUCUUUGCUUUUCUUUUUCGGGUGGUCCUUGAUUCCAUGUGUGGAUUUUGUUUUCUAGGUUUCGUCUUUUCAGGUUUACUGGAAAUGGGCUUCAAUUUUUCACUUCUGUUAAAGCGAGAAAAGUAUCUGAUGUGACUGACUAGUAGUAUUCUCUAACUGUGCCAUCACUCUCCAUCUCCUUCCUUUUGGAAUUCUUUCAUCAAUUGAUGCUUGCUAAAAGUCAUUUCCAGUUCUGCUUUUGAGUUUGUGGGCAUAUUAAUUUUAUCCUAGCUGACCUGCUAGAACAAAGUAUUUGGGGUUCUGGUUCCACAGAGUUGGAGAUAAAAUGCUUGGGGCAAUAUGCAGUUUUUUGUUGUAUUUAAGUCUUAAGGAGUAGCUUAUUGUUUCAGUGAUGGCCUCGAAGACUGGCUCUAGGGCUCCCUUGGGAUUGCAACAAAAAGCUGUUGGCGCUCAUUAUACGGUCAAGACACAUGAUCUCAAAUCCUUACCUUCUCAGCUGCUAAACACUAACAAGCCAAAGCUGGUUAAACCAGAGAUGGCAACUGCUGGGGAACCUAGAGAAGAUGUUGAGUCCAAACUGUCUCAAGUUAAUCUUGACGAUUCGUUGAAUGUAUCACCUGCUAACUCAGAUUCCAAAAUGUUGUCUACCAGAUCUGAGCAAGACACAACCAAAGAUGAUGUUAAUGAGAUCGUGCUAGAAACUUCUGAGGAUCCAGAAAAGAAAAUAUAUAACCCAAGCAGUGUGAAGAACAGCUCAGUUUCGGCAAAGAUUAGUGAUGCACCCAAUAGUCUUGCAAAAACUAGUGGAAGUGCCAAAGUAAGCGAUAGAGUAGACAUUGAGAGUGGAAAGAGCAGUGUGUGCCGAGUAAGCACUGCCAGUGAUGUGAGUGAUGAGAGCACCUGUAGCAGCUUUAGUAGUGGUAUCAACAAACCCCAUAAAGCAAAUGAUAUGCGAUGGGAAGCCAUUCAAGCACUCCGAUCCAGAGAUGGUGUAAUAGGAUUGAGCCAUUUCAGGCUGCUGAAAAAAUUAGGUUGUGGAGAUAUCGGGAGUGUUUAUCUGGCUGAGUUGACUGGGACUAAAUGUUACUUUGCAAUGAAAGUCAUGGACAAGGCUUCUUUAGCAGGCCGUAAGAAGCUUCUCCGUUCUCAGACUGAAAGAGAGAUACUCCAGUCCCUGGACCAUCCCUUCCUUCCGACUCUGUACGUCCAUUUUGAAACUGAUAAAUUUUCAUGUUUGGUUAUGGAAUUCUGCCCCGGAGGAGACCUACACACUCUUAGACAGAGACAACCAGGAAAAUAUUUCUCCGAACAAGCAGUAAAAUUUUAUGUUGCCGAAGUGCUGCUUUCCAUGGAGUAUCUACACAUGCUUGGGAUCGUCUAUCGCGAUCUAAAGCCAGAAAACGUCCUAGUUAGGGACGACGGACAUAUAAUGCUCUCAGACUUUGAUCUUUCACUUCGUUGUGUUGUUAGCCCGAUUCUGGUGAAGACCUCAUCUCUCGAUAGUGACGCACAGCGUAAAAACUCCGGUUACUGCGCCCAGCCAGCAUGCAUUGAACCGUCCUGUAUUCAGCCAUCGUGUGUUGUCCCAACGUCAUGCUUUUCACCUCGUAUAUUCUCCAGCAAAUCCAAGAAGGAUAAGAAACCCAAAAACAAAAAUGAAAUCGACAACCAAGUUAGACCGUUGCCUGAGCUGAUGGCUGAGCCAAGCAACGCUCGCUCAAUGUCUUUUGUCGGGACACAUGAGUAUCUGGCACCUGAGAUCAUCAAAGGGGAAGGUCACGGAAGUGCGGUGGAUUGGUGGACGUUUGGGAUCUUCCUAUAUGAGCUCUUAUUUGGCAAAACUCCGUUUAAGGGGUCUGGUAACAGAGCCACGUUGUUCAACGUUGUAGGGCAGCCUCUCCGCUUCCCAGAAUCACCUGUUGUCAGCUUUGCCGCCAGGGAUUUGAUAAGAGGUUUGCUUGUGAAGGAGCCUCAGCAUAGAUUGGCCUAUAAACGAGGCGCCACUGAGAUAAAACAACACCCGUUCUUCGAAGGAGUGAACUGGGCUCUGAUACGGUGCGCCACCCCACCGGAAAUUCCAAAUCCGGUAGACUACGAGCGGCUGCCCGUCCCGGCAGCACCGGGCAAUGAAAAGACUGCUGCUCCUGCUCCUGCUGUGGACCAGAAAAGUGACAAAUAUCUUGAGUUCGAUUUCUUCUAGUUAAUCUCAAUGUUCACUUAAUGGUGGAGGAAGAAUUGGAAGUUGUUGGGAGAUUCAAAUGUGUGAAAAUUGAAGUUGGGAAGGUGGUGGAGGUUGGAUAGCUACAGAAUUGAAGUAUAUGUAUAAUUUGUUGUAGGGAAACAAGGUUGUUGAAUUCAAAGCAAUGUAGGACCAAAUGAUAAAUGGAUCUCUUUACUACUUA